AUGUUCACGUUGUUAUGUUGCGCAGAUUUGGCGGGCAAGAAGGUGAAUCUUGAGAUUGCCCUAGACACCUUUCCGGCCACACUUCGGUGCCUGGAGAGUGACAUCGCUCGUAUUUUUAACCGUGAGGUGGAGGAGUCCGGUGGAGUAGAGCAUAGCACAAGUCUGACGGAAGCCUUUCAAGUAAUGAGUGUCUUCAUCUACGAUGACGUGCUGCUGCGCUGGACAACGCUCAAAUCACUGACACAGCUGCACGAGUACGACCAGCUGUAUGUCUUUCAGCCGCAGACGCAGUGGCACGUGGACCUGCAGAAGGAGCUGCCACCCCCGCGGCCGCCAGCGCGCAGUCGAGCAUCCUCCAUGACCGGGACCUUGGGCGCGUUUGCGUCGCUGCACGCCAACUGCCGCGCCUCCUCUCCGUGGCCGAAGAGCGGUAUUAGCACUCGAGUUUCCGCCGCCGGGGAUGUCGAUCCAUCUCAUUCAUCUGUUCCGAGCCGGUCGCCGGCGCGAGCACAGUUGGAGGAGCAUCGUCGUGAGGAGGAGCGACUGGGGCACCAGUUGUCAACUCUGCGGAGGGAGCGGGAGCGUCUCGAGCGUGAGGCGCAGCGGGAGGAGGAAGAGGAGCGUCGCCGCCGCUCCCUCGAGACGUACCGGGUGCUGAAGUGCAAGGAGGAAGAAAUCUGGUCUCAGCGGGACGCAUUAGCCAGAGCGGAGGAGGAGUUCCGGCAAUUUCUGGUGGAGAAGCAGCGAUUAAUGGGGCAGUCCCCAACGCCUUGA